UAGGAAAGGACACUAGGGGAGUAAUGAGUAGGUGACUGUCAGUUACAUUGGAGUUCCGUGUGAACGUCGUACGUUGCUUGUACUCGAUCGUCAUGUCACAUUCUAUGGUGAUGAUACUUUUAUUAAUCGUAUUGCUGCUCAAUAGCCAGGAGAUUCUUGGACGAAGAGCACGAGGCAGGGGAAAAACUAAAUCACGAGUUCAAAUAGGAUUACCUAUUACUGGAAAGUAUCGUGAUCCAGAAAGUGAUCAAUACUAUAAUAAUCAUAAUGGAGCUAAAAUACUAUUGGCGUCGCACUUUGAUUUGGAAUACGUCUUAGGACACAAAAUCGCUUUCCUUUGCGUUGCACGUGGAAACCCACGUCCACACAUAACAUGGUUUAAGGAUGGUGCAGAAAUUUACACUCAUCAUUACUUACACGUACACGAAUGGCAAGUUGGACCUGACAAAGUGAAAUCAAAACUAGAAAUUGAUCCUGCGACUCAAAUGGAUGCUGGCGUUUAUGAAUGUACAGCCGAUAAUAUGUAUAGUAUCGAUCGUAGAUCUUUUAAGACUGACUUCUCUAUUGCGUUUGAUUAAGUUUAUGCUAUUUCAAUGUCGGAUAACUUCCUAUAGGUUACUCUUGAUAGCUGAGAUUUCUUUCAGAAUUAAAACUUUCUUUCAAAUCGUUAGAGCGACUAACCGGAAUAUAUAGAGCGAUUUUUGAGAUGUAUCACUUUUGAAUACAUAACUCUUGGAUAAUAAAUCGAAAUUACUGUUUAU